CGGGUUGGCGGAGGCAGGAGGUCCCGGUGCGGAGCGAGCGGCGGCGGCUCCGGGUGUAUGAGGGACCAAACGCUCCGCGGACACUAAGCAGACUGAGCCAGCCAGGAGUGGGAAAGGAUGCCGAUACCUCCUCCCCCUCCACCGCCUCCUGGCCCCCCUCCACUGCCAACCUUGCAUCAGGCAAACCCCGAGCUCCCGAAGCUGAGCCGAGAUGAGCAGCGCGGUAGAGGAGCCCUGCUCCAAGAUAUCUGCAAAGGGCCCAGGCUGAGAAAGGUGGCGCAGGUCAAUGACCGGAGCGCUCCAGUCCUGGAGAAACCCAAGGGAGGAGGUGGUGGUGGCUCCGGCUCCAGCUCCGCCGCGCUCCAGCCCAAAGGCGGCCUCUUCCAAGGGGGUGUCCCUAAGCUCAGACCCGUAGGAGCGAAGGACAACUCAGACAGCUCCUCCAGCAAGCAAUCGCUGCAGGUUCCUGGCUCCAGAUCAGCAGCCCCGAGGCCCCCGGUGCCCGUGACCAACAGCCGACCUCACGAUGACUCCGACAACACCCGGUCUUCCCCCCCCGAGCUUCCCCGGAUGCAGAGACCCUCCUUGCCUGACCUUUCCCGGCCCAACAGCGCCAGCAGUACCGGCAUGAAACACAGCUCGUCUGCCCCUCCGCCCCCGCCUCCAGGCCGCCGAGCCAACGCGCCCCCGGCACCCCCUCCGAUGCAUGGCAGCAAAGCGCCUUCCUACAACCGGGAGAAGCCGUUACCGCCGACUCCAGGACAGCGGCUCCCCGCGAGCCGGGAUGGCCCCCCAGCACCGCCCCCCAUCAAGCCUCCCCCUUCCCCAGUGAAUGUCCGAACGGGGCCAAGUUCUCAGAACCAGUCUCUAGCUCCCCCUCCGCCCCCCUAUCGGCAGCCCCCCGGCGUUCACAACGGCCCUUCCAGCCCCACCAACGAGCUGGCCCCAGAGCUGCCCCAGAGACACAACUCUUUGCAUAGGAAGACCCCGGGCCCCGUGAGGGGCAUGGCCCCUCCUCCACCCUCUUCGGCCUCCCCGUCACUCCAGAGUCAUCGACCCCCUCCGCCGGCCCGAGACCCUCCGAGCAGGGGAGCAGCCCCCCCACCCCCGCCCCCGCUGAUGCGGAAUGGUGGCCGUGACGCUCCCCCGCCCCCGCCCCCCUACAGAAUGCAUGGGUCAUCGGAGCCUCUGAGUCGAGGGAAACCUCCGCCCCCACCUACCAGGACACCGGCUGGGCCGCCCCCUCCACCUCCGCCAGUGCGAAAUGGGCACCGAGAUUCCAUCGCCACUGUGAGAUCUUUCUUGGAUGACUUUGAGUCCAAAUAUUCCUUUCAUCCCGUCGAAGACUUUCCAGCUCCCGAGGAGUAUAAACACUUCCAGAGAACUUACCCCAGCAAAACGAACCGAGCGACCCGGGGGGCUCCACCGCUGCCUCCCAUCCCCAGGUGAAGUCCAGCUGCAUUGCCUGGUUGUUCCUUGGCGAGGAGACGGACCUUCUCUCCUUUCCUUGAACGGACUUCCCCCCCCUGCCCCUAGGAACCUGCAUGAGAAGCUCCCAGUGUCUCGUUUUGUUUUUCCAAUGGUGCAAGGAACAAACAAACCCGGAUGAAUCCCCUCUCACCUCCAUCUAUGCAUUUCAUACCUGG